AUGGUAGUAGUCGCAGUCGCCGGAGGCACGGGCGGUGUCGGUAAGACCAUCGUUGAACAGUUACAGCUCAGCAAGAAGCACGAGGUGAUCCUGCUUAGUCGAAAGGCUCCUACCACACUCGCCUCAGGUGGCGCAAAGAUUGUGCUUGCUGACUACGGCAACAUCGAGGCGCUAUCCCUGCUGCUCGAGAGGCACAAUGUCGAGACAGUCAUCUCCACGAUUGGUUUCGUGGGCCCGGAGGCCGCUCAGUCACAGCUCAACCUCAUCGCCGCGGCCGAUAAGGCCAAGCCGACCCUUCGAUUCUUACCCAGCGAGUUCGGAGUCUGGCGACACGAACGCGGCGGUGUUCGGUGCCUGGCUGGACGCAAUCGCCGCCUCAAAAAGACUGGCUUCAUGUACACCCGCGUCAUCAACGGGUGGUUCAUGGACUACUUUGGCAUGCCGCACACCCCAAGCAACCUCACCCCUCACACCUGGGCCGUCGACAUCGCGAACCGCCGCGCCGCGAUCCCUGGAACAGGCAAUGAGCUCAUGACCCUGACCUACUCGGUAGACGUGGCCCGCUUCGUCGUUCGCAUGCUCGACGACAUCGACUGGCCCAAAAUUAGCAUCAUCAGCGGCUCAGACACCACGUUCAACGAGAUUCUGGGAAUCGCGGAGAAACUCACGGGAGCCAAGUUUGACGUCGUCUAUGACGGAGAAGAGAAGUUGAGAAACGGCCAGGCAACCGUCUGGUCGGCUGGCUACGGCGCAGGACCGGCGUCAAUGGAGGAGACGCAGGCGAUGAUCGCUCUCUUCGGGUUGAUGAGCGUCGAGGGCAGGAUCCUGGUGCCCCAGGGUAACCGCCUGAACGCAAAGUACCCAGAUAUCCGCCCCAUAGUCAUUGAAGAGCUUCUUACCAAGGCCUGGGCUGGGAAAUAG